CUGGCAUUUCUCUCCAGUCGGCCCGUGAGAGAACUGCACCGCCGGAUGUGCAAACUUUAUCCUAUUAAAGUGGAAACAUCGCACGGUUGCAGCUAUGGAGUGCCUCAAAGACUGCUGCAAGAAGUUCAUGAAGAAGAAGGGGAGGGAGCAGGAGGCCCACGUGAUCGUGCUGAAGAUGCCUCCUAAGGCAUCAGGAUGGGAGCCGGAAGGCGGGCGAAGGGAAGUCACAGAAGACUACCUCCUGUCCAAGCUGCCUCCGGACGGCAGAGAGGUGCCGUUCGUCCUGCCAACCUUCAAGGCCUCCUACAUCCAACCCAAAAACUCCCGCUACCCCAAUUUACAGUCUGGCCCGCAGAGUUCAGCCCGGUGCACGUAUGCAGAAAGGAAAGCAGAGCUUCUGGGCUCCAGUCACUUCACCUACAGCCCUGAGUCCAGCUUCCAUCAGGGUCAGGUGGCCGAGUACCUCUCCCCCAGAUCAACCCGCCGCGGCACACUGAAGAACAGAGACUCCGGUCCCCAAAGCCCAGGUAGGACGCUGAAUGUGGGCGACGAGCAGCGACUGAGCAGCUCAAUGUUUGAUCUGUCCAGCCCUCAGAUUCACAUGCAGUGCUUCGACUCCGUCUCCAGCGUCCUCAGCAGCACGUCCUCCAUGAUUGGCUCCAUUGAAAGCAGCCUUGACUCUGUUUACAUCAAUGAUGCUCGGUGCUCAAACGUAGUCAACGUUGAAGACUCCGUCACCCUGUCUGGGGACGAGCGUGAUUUGGGGAAGGUGUGCGUCCGAGUGAGCUACCAGGAGGCUCUGGAGCAGGUGUGGAUCACCGUGGUUCAGUGUUCAGACCUCAACCGUGUUCCAGAUGGAGUGGAACAGCAGAAGAUUGGAUUUAAAGGGAUCAUCACCCUCCCCAAACCCAUACAGUUCAAGAGCUCGAUCAAGGACUACUGUCAGGAUGUGUCCUUCAUGGAGACCUUCGUGUUUGCGCUGCAUCUCCAGCAGUUGCGCUGCAGUGCUUUGAUGUUGCGACUGCAGACGCACAACCCCAAGAAACGCACGGUGGCCGAGUGCGUCCUCUCCCUACGACAGCUCGGCCCUCAGGAGACGGAGCACUGGCUCGAGCUCAACUCUCCGUCCAAAUCCUCUGUGUGCCACUCUGAGUUGCAUCUCACCACCUGUUUUCAACCAGUCAACGGACGCAUCCAGCUCCAGGUGCUCGCCGCCCAAAACCUCCCAACCUCCUCCUCACCGCUCACCCAAGCCUUUUUUGUCAAAGUGGAGAUGCGUCAGUUGGGGCGGGUGGUGAUCAAGAAGAAGACUCGCGUCCUGAAGGCCUCGGGGGGGCAGUGUAAGUGGGCGGAGACUUUUCACUUCCUCUUGGCCUCGUUAGACCAAGCCUGCUCGCUGUCAGUCAAACUCUACAGCCGGAGCUCGGUCAGGAGGAAACACUGUCUAGGACAGGUUCAGCUGGGAUUCGACAGCCCCGUCCCAGAAGCAGUGGAGCGGUGGAAGGACACGAUGGCUAACCCAGAGAAAGUGGUGUCUGCGUGGCACCGGCUGAGCGCUGCCUGAACCUCCUCUCCUUGCGUCUUCUUUACGCUCUACGGACGUGACGCUCUCGUGGUGCAGGUCCAGCUGUGCCGGCUUGCUUCUCCACAGAUGGACACAGUCUUGUACACUAGCUGAGUCAUCCCUGACGGACGGGACUGUAAACUACUGAAAGUGCUCUGAACGCCCUGAGACACCAGAUUUCCACUGUUCAGGUGCUCGGUUGUAAAUAGGGGUUUCGAACAAAGUUUAAUCGCUGGAAGUUAGGGUUGUUUUUGUUUAGACACAAUUUAACAAAGUCAGCUUCAUAGCAUUUAGCCGUAUAUAACGCGGAAUUUUGUAACUCACAUGCCUUUUUAGGGAAAAACUUGUCACUCUGUUUAAAUUAGAUAGAACGUUUACAAGCAGAGAAAGUCACCAUAAAGCCAAACUCACUUUAUCAGUCUGUACUUAAGACCCAUCGUAAAGGAUAAGGCUGACAGUAUUCUAUACUUUUCUUAUUGUCAACAAACCAAACAUCGAUCAAAACUAACCAUUUCUGGGUUCUUUUUUCAGCCCCAUUGGUUCCACUGAAAUCUUUAAAUACUACUCAUGACCACAGUUUUUUUUAAGUCUCUAUAAUUUCCUAAAACAGCCAGGCACUAUAGUGUUCCACAAACAUUACUUAAACAUGCAAUAACUGAAUGUUUUGGCCACUUGUUUGCUGCAGAAACAAGUUGUGAACACAAUAUCAUCAUCUUUUAAGUUGAUACGGCAAACAGUUAUGAACAUAAAUCCAAUAUUUAAUCUUUUUUUUUUAGCUUUGUUUUAGGUCUCGACCAACUCCCGAGGGAUAAAUCUGACUCUUAACCUGUUAAAUGCUCCACUAUGUUCACCAGCUAGUUGCUAACUGCAUCUGUCUGCUGUUUAGUGCUGAGAAGGUUGUGUACAGUGGGUUUUCAGAGCCUCUUAUCUGAAAACAGCACUACAUAAAUGCAGUCCAUUUACCAUUUGUAGCCACUUUAAACGGGAGUAAAUAGUGUUUUUUCAGGGACUAUUUUUGAUGUGGAUUUAUAAACAUUUGGUAUGUUAGCGAGUGAUAUGUUUUAAUAGUUUUUGGAUAACAAUGAAUUGAGGAAUCAGUGAUGUAUGACUUUGUAGUAAAAUCAAUUCACUGUUGGUUUUGGUCUUUUCAUGAUAUCCGUUGACAAUAAGAGAAAUAUAAAUAUCACUCGAUUUAUCUUUUAUUUCCCAUCAUGUUACUGUAGAAUACCAGAGUAUCAAACCUUAGCUGUAACGCUUCUGAUGAAAGCACUUUAUUUUUGAUGUAUUUAAUGUAUUAAUGUUGAAAGUUUAGUGAUUAAAAGUAGAUGUCGUUUAA